CAAAAAUAUAUCCGAAUAAACCUUUCCGUACUCCUCUUCACAUUCCUCCUUUUCUCACCUUUCCCAAUACAUUCUUCCCCUAAUCCACCCUUUCUUAAAUAUAAUUUCUAAGCUGUUCCUGUUAUUGUCAUUAUUUGAUUCAGAAUCAAGUAAUUAAGCCCUAAUUCGUGGUUUUGGAUCGGUGAUGGGAAAGCCAACUGGCAAGAAGAACAAAGCCAUUGGAUCGAAACCCAACGACGCAAAUCCAAAACAGAGCAAAGUUUCAGAUCGAACUUCCAAGGCCUUCGAUGAAGACACAUCUGUCUUCAUCAACAUGUCACGGGAAUUGAAAGAAGAGGGCAACAAGCUCUUCCAGAAGCGAGAUCACGAAGGUGCUAUGUUGAAAUACGAAAAAGCUCUCAAAUUGUUACCCAAAAAUCACAUCGAUGUUGCUCACUUGCGUAGCAAUAUGGCCGCUUGUUAUAUGCAGAUUGGAAUCGGUGAGUACCCGAGAGCUAUAAAUGAAUGUAAUUUGGCUCUUCAAGUUGCUCCCAAGUAUAGCAAGGCUUUGUUGAAGAGAGCCAAGUGUUAUGAGACUUUGAAUAGGCUUGAUUUGGCUUUGAGAGAUGUUAAUCUUGUGUUGAGUAUAGAACCCAAUAAUUUGACUGCUUUGGAGAUUGCUGAUAGUGUGAAAAAAGGUAUUGAGAAAGGGGGUGUCAAGGUUGAAGAUAAAGAAAUUGUUUUGGUCCCUGACUAUGUUGCAAAGCCUUCACGGAAGAUUGUGAAAGAGAAGGUGAAGAAGAAGAGGGGUAAGAAAUUGGUGAGGUCUGAGGCUGAGAAGGAAGUUGAGAGGGAAAAGAAGUCUGAGGACAAGGUGGUUGUGGAGGAGGAGAAGAGGAGUGUGAAUGAAGAAAGAGUGGUGACAAAGACGGUGAAAUUGGUGUUUGGGGAGGAUAUAAGAUGGGCUCAAUUACCCGUUAACAGCGAGAUUGGAUUGGUAAGAGAUGUUGUUAAGGAUCGGUUUCCGAACAUAGAGGGUGUGCUUAUCAAGUACAGGGAUCAAGAGGGUGAUUUGGUUACUAUCACCACAACUGAUGAGCUGAGGCUGGCUGAAGCAUCUGGUGAUAGGCAGGGUUCUUUGAGAUUCUACAUUGCGGAGGUUAGUCUUGACAAAGACCCACUUCAUGAAGUAAAGAACAAUGAGGAGGUACAAAAAAUCAAUAGUAAUCCAAGCAAGGUUUUUGAGAAUGGGGAUGUGGGGAAAGGUAGGGAAACAGAGAAGGGGACAUGUUGUAUUGAUGAUUGGAUCGUUGAAUUUGCGCGGCUGUUCAAGAAUCAUGUGGGGUUUGAUUCUGAUUCUUACUUGGAUCUUCAUGAGCUGGGGAUGAAGCUAUACUCAGAAGCGAUGGAGGACACUGUUACCAGUGAAGAUGCCGAAGAGCUUUUUGAAAUUGCUGAAGAGAAGUUCCAAGAGAUGGCGGCUUUGGCAAUGUUCAAUUGGGGAAAUGUUCACAUGUCCAGGGCUAGGAAGCGGGUAUUUUUCACAGAAGAUGGUUCAAGGGAAACAGUACUAGCACAGGUAAAGAAUGCAUAUGAAUGGGCAUGUAAAGAAUACAUGUCAGGAAUGCACUAUGAAGAAGCUCUAAAAAUCAAACCAGACUUUUAUGAAGGUCUUCUUGCCCUUGGGCAGCAGCAGUUUGAACAAGCAAAGCUAUCGUGGUACUACGCAAUUGGUAGUGAGGUUGACAUAGAGACAGGGUCCGCUACAGAGAUCCUAGAGCUUUAUAAUAAAGCUGAGGAUAGCAUGGAGAGGGGCAUGCAGAUGUGGGAGGAGAUGGAGGAACGACGUCUUAAUGGGCUCUCCAAAUCAGAGAAACACAAAAUUGACUUGCAGAAAAUGGGGUUGGAUGGGCUAUUUAAAGAUGUAUCGGCUGAUGAAGCUGCAGAGCAGGCUGCAAACAUGAGGUCUCAAAUAUACCUCUUAUGGGGUACCUUGCUCUAUGAGCGUUCCAUAGUGGAAUUUAAGUUAGGUUUGCCAACAUGGGAAGAAUGUCUGGAGGUUGCUGUUGAAAAGUUUGAACUUGCUGGAGCGUCUCCAACCGAUAUAGCUGUGAUGAUAAAGAACCACUGUUCCAAUGAAUCUGCAGUGGAAGGUCUUGGAUUCAAAAUUGAUGAAAUAGUGCAAGCAUGGAAUGAGAUGUAUGAUGCUAAAAGGUGGCAGACUGGUGUUCCAUCUUUCCGGCUAGAGCCAUUAUUUCGUCGGCGGGUUCCAAAACUUCAUUCUAUGUUGGAGCAUAUUUAAUUUUUUCGCUCAUGAUUGGAGAUUUUCUAGGACCAGUGAAAGAAAGCACCGGGAUUGUUACUUAGUUGUCAGACUAUUAUGUGGUUACAAGCUGUGAUAGGUUUUCUUCAUGGAUUGUUAUUUUCACCAUUAAGAAGUUGUUUUUGGAAGCAAAGAUACAGAGUUUGUUGUUGAGUGUUGGUUUUGGAAUGGGAGUGAGUUAUUUUUUUGAUUGGGCUGCAAAGACGCAUGUAGCAUUCUUUCCCCUCAUUUGUGGAUUUUAUUCUCCUUCAUUAGGGGAUUUAUUAUCAAAGACGACAUGAAGAAGCAGGAGUCUUAUUCUUUGUUGUCAGAUUGUUCAGAGUUUGAGAUAGUGGGUAAAUGAUUGGUUUUGUAAAGUCAUUUGAACCAAUAAGCAGUGGUAAUAUUUGUUAUACUAUUCAUUUGUUAGUUGCUUCAUGCUUGCUUAUUCAUAAAAUUCUUUUUGGGUUCCAGAAGUGGCAUGAAACUUAUGUCUACUUAUUUAAUUGAUUUGUCGUUCUUAUCA